UGAGGCCCGUUUUCUGUUGCUGAUGUGGAAGCCUAUCACUGGUCAAUGGUCAUUGACAAACGGAGAUGAGCGAACCGACGAUCCGAAUCCCUCAUCGGUGAACAACACCGCCGCAGAGGAUGUCGACGCUCUGGAAUCCAGUCAUUAGCUUCCAGAGUCAACUGCCUUCCUUCACUUCAACUCCAGCAAAAAAUUGGAGCAUAAGUGGCGGAAACCCUUGGUACAACUUCGAUUCAUUGAGUUCUAUUCGUUCUGAGAAAACCCAGUUGCGAUAUAAUCGUUGUUUGUCAAUGACUUCUUCCCCUGAGACGUCUUUUUUGGGCACUGGUAAAAAAUCGAAGAGAGUAUGGAUUUGGACGAAAAACAAGCAGGUCAUGACGGCUGCCGUCGAGAGAGGAUGGGAUACUUUCAUUUUCUCGCCGCAGCAUCGACAUCUUGCUACUGACUGGUCGUCUAUUGCGGUAAUAUGCCCUCUCUUUAUCGGCGAGGGAGAGAUUUUGGAUGGCCAGCGUAACAGAGUUGCUACGGUUUUUGAUGUUUCAACUCCUGAAGAGUUAGAGCGACUUAGGCCUGAGGACGAGCUGGCAGAAAAUAUUGCGGUCAACUUGUUAGAUUGGCAGGUAAUACCAGCAGAAAAUAUAAUUGCAGCAUUCCAAAGCAGCCAAAAGACAGUGUUUGCCAUCUCCAAUAAUCCAUCUGAAGCUCAAAUCUUUCUUGAGGCGCUGGAACAAGGGCUAGGUGGCAUAGUUCUGAAAGUAGAAGACGUUGAACCUCUUCUUCAGUUAAAGGAAUAUUUUGACAGAAGAAAAGAAGAGAGUAAUCUGCUAAACUUGACCAAAGCCAGUGUCACACGUGUCCAUGUUGCUGGACUGGGUGACCGUGUUUGUGUUGAUCUCUGUAGCCUUAUGAGACCUGGUGAAGGACUUUUGGUUGGAUCUUUUGCUCGAGGAUUGUUUCUUGUCCACUCAGAAUGUCUGGAAUCAAAUUACAUUGCAAGCAGGCCUUUCCGGGUGAAUGCAGGACCUGUACAUGCCUAUGUUGCUGUUCCAGGAGGGAAAACAUGCUAUCUGUCAGAAUUAAAGGCGGGAAAAGAAGUGAUAGUGGUUAAUCAGCUGGGCCAACCACGAAUUGCAAUUGUUGGGCGAGUCAAGAUUGAGACAAGACAAUUAAUUCUUGUGGAGGCCAAGAGCCAUUCUGAUGACCAGACUAUCUACAGCAUCUUUCUGCAGAAUGCAGAAACAGUGGCCUUAGUCGGUCCCCCCGAAGGAAAUACAGAAUCGAAAACAGCUGUUCCUGUGACCUCUCUUAAAGUCGGAGAUGAAGUUUUGUUGAGAAUACAAGGUGGGGCUCGACAUACAGGAAUUGAAAUUCAAGAAUUUAUUGUCGAGAACUGAAUUCUUAACGCUAUAUAUUUAUAUGUUAAAUGUCCCAAAUCCAAAACCCCAUCUCCCGUCAUUGUCAAGGAGACAACCAAGUUUCCAAUUCCUCAAUUUUAAAAUCUAUAAAAUCUGGAGAUGUGAGACUUUGAUGCA